AUGAGUUUACAAGAUCGAUACCCGGCAUAUGGAGGCCGUGGCCCAGCGGAUCUCCGCGUGGGACUCGGCCUAGGAGCAGUGGCUACGAUAUUCAUGAUCUUGCGAGUCUAUGUUCGCCUUCGAGUUAAUAAAUUUGGAACAACUGCCUUGAUCUGGGCUCUUGUCGCUUGGCUUAUAACGACUAUUACACAAUGUUUCGGCGUGAUUUCCAUUCUCCAUGGGCUUGGAAACAGAAUUGCCAUCGUCGAGGAAGUCGGCCAAUUACAUAACUAUCUUUUAUUCACAUGGAUCACGGUCUUCUUUUUCAACAUGGCCAUCCCAACUGGAAAGGUCGCAGUCGCAGCAUUUUUGAUCGAGAUGAACGGCCAAGGCAAUCCCAAGAUCCGCCGCAGUUUAAUCGCCGUUGGCGCGGCUAACAUCAUUCUGAGCAUCCCGCAGAUCUUGCUUGCUUGGUUCCAAUGCAGUCCACCAAACGCACUCUGGGACCCUACACGCCAGGACCAGUGCAACCAUGUAACGAGCGUGCGCUACAGUUAUUUCAUCGGUGCCGUGGCUGCACUCUCUGAUUUCUAUCUCGCCAUUAUCCCAGUUACGAUGCUCGUCCCGCUGCGAAUGGACCGCAAGUUAAAAUGGGGCUUGAGUUUCCUCAUGGGCCUCGGUGUUUUCGCCGGAGCAGCCGCUAUCGUUCGUACAUGGGCAGCCAAAUUCAUUCUUAGCGACGAUCCCUCAUAUGGUGUCGGAAUCCUCUUCCGCUGGGGUGAAGUCGAAGAGUGGAUUGUACUCAUCUCAAUGUCCAUCCCGCCAGUAUGGCCGCUCUUCAGACCAAUCACGAAGCGCUUCAUCAAAUCCGCGGGAUAUUCUCGCAGCCCGAAGAAUUACAUGGCAUAUGAUAAGUAUGCCUCGACAAGGGGGGGAUCUCGCCACAGCCAGCCAGGCCCCGGUGGUCACGACCACCAUUUCUGUCUCUUCUGUCAAGGGGGCGUCUGGUACAGCCGAGCCUGUACGUGCAUCGUCUUCCGCGGACUCGUAUUCUGGCUAUGA